GUGCCUUCGAGGCGACACUUCUUUGAUAGAUCUUGGAAUUUUUCUUUGGGCUGAAGACGAGUUUUGUGAAACGAUAUUUAUUGUUGGUUGAGAAAAAAGAAAAAAAGUUUACCGCACCGCACACAAUGCAUCAGCAUCUGAAACAACAACAAGUACUAAAGACGAUGAUCUACUGCUCGGAAUAUCAUCGUCACUUGUGAAGUCCGAUUCGUGAAGAUCUUCGAUCGGGCGGUGCUACAACGAACUUUCUCAGUCUACCACCUGCGUUAUUUCUCCAGUGGCGCCGUCGUCGCCCGGUCCGGAUAAGAUGGAGAAACGAAUCUUGCGGAGGGAAAGACCACUUUCGGCAGCAAGUAGAAGUUCUAUCAUUUCUGACCGCUCGAAGAUGUUGUCCUUGUCGCUCCCACUCGUGCCGCUCUUUCACGUCCUGAUCUCCAAGAGCAAGAACUUCCUCGCAACAGUAUUACACGAAGAAGUACAAGAACCUCUUCUUGGAACAAAAUCAAGAGGCAGUAGAACGGGGUCUUCAAGGGGCCGCUUGAGAAGAAGUGCAAGAACAACUCCUAGAAGGUGUACAUGCUCUUCAGGUAGUUCUUCAACAAUUUUGAUCUUUCUCUUGGUCCUCGUUCAUCUCUCGUCCCUGAUUGCCACCUUCGGCCUUCUUUUCUCCUCUACCUGUUCGUCCAGCUUUACGACAAGAGGAGCACGAGGCUUGCGAUUGAGCUUCACAAUCGGGCCGCUGCUCAACGUUGGAACAACUCGUGUGGCCGCUGCAGGUGGAACAAGUAGAGCUACGGCAAGUGGUCAAGAAACUUCCACCCAACAAGAAGAUCACGCCGACCAAGACGAUGAAACAGAGGAAAUAACUCGACGAGCACAUGCUGGUGAUGAUGAUGAUGAUGAUGAUGAUGAUGGUCGAGGUCCUCCUCAUGGUCGAGAGAGGAAUUUCAAUUCUGGCGGUCAUAUUAAAACCUCGCUCCGUGGUGGGGGGGCAAGAGCCACGAGUUUCUUGCAGGAUGAUGAUCAGGACGAUCAUUGGGAGGUGCGAGAAACAAGAAAUCUGCACAAAAUAAAUAUUAACAAUGAUCUGGCAGUGUACUACAGUAGCUCCGGAGAAGCCGUAGCAGUGGAGCAGAUGAACAAAAGAAAUGGUGAACAGCAAAUAAACGCCAUCUUCGAAGACGAAGAACACCACCGCGACCAAAGUAAGAACGAUGUCGCGUUUCUGCAGCGCCUUAACAAGAAGAACUCGCGGCCUCUCGGGGCGGGGGCGAAGCACGACGACCGCCGAGAGAGGACAUCAAACGGCAAGCAACUACGUACAGUGGACCAAGAAGACGGUCUAUCGGGCUCACGCAAGGUGGACAGUAGAAGCCACGAGACGAGCUCAAGGGGUGAAGAUGAAGCAGGAUCAUUUUUUGAAAUGAUGUCUCACGAGGACGACCAAACUUCUUCAGACACGAAGGACGAUAUCAAUUGGGAACAGAGAAAAGAUGAAGAUCCGACUGUACUAAAAGCAGGUUCGACUUUAUUGGAAGUAUCGCCACCCCCGGGAGGUUCUUCAUCUUCGUCUGCAGGUUCUGAAAAUUCCGUCAUCGACCUAGUACUAGCAUCGCCCGGGAAAAAUGAAACAUCGCCGGAAUGGGGAGACGAAGAGGAACGUCAAGGAGCGCAGCGCCCACGUGUUGCUCUACAUGUCGACCUCGACCGCACCGAAGGGACCACAUCGACAGUACAACUCCUAGCUGCAGCGCGACGAGAAGAACAGCAAAAAGGAUUCUUACAAGAGAAUGAGUUCUUCACAACUUCUCAGCAAGAGCAUGAAACCAGGGUGGCGACGUCGACACAACUACUACAGGAAGUACAACAACGACAACAAGAAAACCAGCAGCACCAGAUGACGAUGAAAGUCAAAGGCGGCGUGGUUGAGGCGGGGGAAAAGGCGGGGGCGAGAUCCACGAAGUGGGUGCUGGGUCCCAACCGGGCGUUUGUGCCGGGUGACGAUGGGUUCAACAGCGCGCAAUCGAAAAUAGAGCCGACCAGUCCGGGCCAACUGGAGAAAAAGAAGAGCGUGUUCGGGAAAGACUACCACUGGUGGAGAGAACUCGACGCGCACGGCAACAAGCUGCGGAAGCGCGGGGCUUACGACAUCCUUCCGCACCGGUCCAAAGUGGCGCUGUUCUUUCGCCAGGAUGCGCGGGCAGACGGACUCGUGUUCUCCGAUGACGCUGUUUAUUUCAUCGACGUUCCCGCCGUAUCAAAUACAAAUUACUUAUGUCUGGAUCUGGAAGAUUGCGGAUGUUGGCAAAAAUGCCGGCUUUGCAUUUGCAUGGCCCAGCCCCAGCCCCAGAAGGUCUGGGAUGCAAGGACUAGCGUCACAGGCUUUGCGAGAGACCUUUACGCAUGAGAUGAUGAAAACUGCUCGCAGCGUGGCCAAAUUAAAGUGACAGCCUUUGCUACGCAUGCGUGAUAGAUUUUUGUGUGAAUGUCAGAGCGCAUUCACACGAGUUUGCAUCCUUCCAGAGGACGCGGACAUGUUUGCAGUGCAUGCGCCGGAUCCCUGCUUGCGAAGACCAGGGCGGCGGUCUUGGCCGCGCCCGGUGAGGUUUCUGCGUUCACCGGACUUGGCCACGGCGGCAUGACCAGCUGGUAUGCGGCCCGGGACGCCAAAAAGAGUUGGGACGGCAAGGUGAACGUGAACUGGUUUCCCUUUUCCCAGAUCAGCUCCAUCUCCUCGAAAGCAAUGGUUGAAGAUAUGGAGUACACCACGGUGGAACUGUAUUCCGGCAUGUCCGACUCGCAGGAUGCGCACGGAUUGCGGAAUACCCACCUCGACCCGGGUACAAGGAACAGCUACGCCACCGAGAUGGAGUCCGUGCACACGGUGAUGGCCAAGCUGCUGUCGGCCAAGCACUAUGAACUGCAAAUAUGUCUGGGUCUGGAAACUUGUAGUGCUUGGUUGGGAAUAGUGAAUGUUCUGUAAUGCACAGCCUUGCAUGAGAAAGGUCUGCGCUGCUUAGUGUUGCGUUUUAUUUCCGCGUGACAAACUGCGUUUUUGCAUGCCAGGCAAGAGGCCCUUUUCCUGCUCAUGCAUCACAGAUGUAAGACUAAGAGUCAUUCCAGACAAGCAUGGCAAACGUGCAUUCUUCCAGACCAUCAAGACAUAUUUGCAUUCCAUAAGCACGCCCCCCUGCGCACGUCGGAGGAGCUGCUGCCGCCAAACCAGGCGUCCGUCUGGUGGCAGGGCGCGCACUUGACCUGGUACAAGGCUUUCCUGCUUGCCAAGCAACCGUACCUACAUGGCCAAGCUGCUAACGCUUUUGAGAAGCAGGUGAGACAGCAGAUGGAGCAAGAACGGUUCGAAAAAUACAUCGAGGAGAACAAGAAAAGCAUAAAGGCUCUUGAUCAAAGCGAACAAAAGAAAAAGGUGGAAGAAGCAAGAGAAAAAACAAAGCUGAAACCCAGGGAAUGGCUCGAACAGCAGUCCCUUCUGUACCAAAUAGAGGCACAGACGAUUUUGCGGACCCUGUUGCAGACGGACGAGAAAAUUGUGUACGCCUUUGAAACGUGCGCGUCGCUCCGGAAGACUGUUGCAACCAGGGCGUCCUCGUCGUUUUUGGAGACGAGAUCCGGAGGUCGUGGUUCAGCGUCCAAUCAUGUGCCCUGCUCUACUAGCUCCAGCGCCGGAACAAGCAGCACCGGGAUCGACUACUUUUUUCUCACCACCAAGCGGAUCUUCGUCGUGGAGCACGGCCUGCCGACCGGCUCGAGUGCGGCUCAUCUGCAGGAGGACAACAUUGUCCGAAACUUGCAGACCUACACCUACAAUGCGGUGCGGUGCUUUUCCGUGGAGCAGGUCGGCACCGGAAGCCACGCCAACCGGCGGCUGAAGCUGGAAGGCGACGUCAUCCUGAACCUGUGGACCAGCUGGCUCCCGAACCUGCCGCGCAAGCCGCAGGAAAACUGCGACGCGUCCGACUGCAACACGGGGGACCUGCGACGCCGCCAGCACCGGCACACGGAGGACUACGACUCCCGUGUGGUCCUGCAGCCCACGCUGGCCGGCAAGCUGUCACCCCGGCAGGUGGUGGAGCUGAUGAACUUCCUGUUCCAGAUGACAUCCAACCGGUAUGAGGCUCUCAAACGUUGCAUUCUCAACUGUAUGCAUGAUUUGUCAUGCAAAAGCACUAUCAACAACAACAUCGACACGAUCAAGCUACUUCGCAUGACAAAUUGAUUCUCGACGCGCUAAACUACAGGACUAGAAUCCGCACCAACUCUCGAAUGCAAGACACGCAAGGAGUAGGACAGGAGGCUCUCCCUGUCACCUGUGGUAUUCUUGCAUUACAAAUCCGUGCGACACUUGAGAGAAGUGUAACAUUUGCGAGCGCCAUAACCGAGCGCAGAUGACGAAGUCGCUGCUGGACGACAAGGUUUUGUUUUCCAGCGACAAGCCGCAGACGUAUGUGGAAACGAUGAAGCGGUUCUGGGACGGCUUCCGCGGCACGGGGGGGCUGGAACCCAUCUACUCGGAGGAGGGCCGGGCCCUGAUGGAGUGGCUCACCGAGGAGGGCGAGACGAUUCUGGUGCUGCACGAGCACAUCGAGAUGGUGCUCGCGUCGAAGAGCGGCCAUAACGUGUGGAUCUUCACGAACAAGCGGCUGCUGAUCCGCGUGCUCGAGGGGCGGUACACUCGGUCCCGGUUCGCCGAGCGGGUCCGGUCGGCCGCCACCUUCUCCCCCAGCAUCGAGUGGAUUUGCAUCCCCCUGGAGCAGAUCGGAGCGGCCGAGAUCCAGACCGAAGCGACCGGGUUCCAGCCCCAGCUGACGGUGUUCACCUACACCAGGGGCCUCACGCCCCCGAACGACGAACCCGCGGAGCCGGGACUUGCCGCGCCGGCCUUCCCGCUCGCCCGCGGCACCGACGUCGCUUUCGUGCUCAAAUGUGUGCAAGCGCUCCUCUUUAUCCCAGAGAAAAAAACAGGCAGGGCAUCUUUGUAAUGCAAAAAUAAAGAGAAACACACAGGAAAAUCUGUCAUGGGCGGCCUCAUAGCAUGCUGCUUUGGAUAAAUAUGCAAUGCACAUGCAGAUUUUUUUGGGUAUUUCUUUUUGCACAUAUGCAAAUAUGCCCUGCCUGCUUCUUUCUGUGGGAUGCUCUUCAACGCGAAAGAAAAAUUCAGCCUGGACCUGGACGAGCGGUGGUCCUGUAUGUCAGGCUACCUUGAUGCCUACCAGCGGCAGGUGGAAAACAUGGCGCGGCUGAAGAACGCAGGAGCAAAAGGUCCGAGACCUGCUGCAGCUGCACCCUCUACAACUUCGAGCAAGUUGAAAAUCGACGAGAAUGUGAUGACCAUUUCGGACCCGGAAGCGCUGCGUGUCUCUCGGGAAAGGAUGCAAUCUACCUGGUGGGUCAAGCGGGCUCAGGCCGGGGCUGCCGGCGGUGAAAAGGUGUAUGACCUGGUGAAGCAGCUCCGGGACUUGUCCGGGAUCAGGGGCAUUUUGAAGAAGCACGACUUGCUUUUUCCAGAGGAGGCCCCCCUGCUCGCCUGGCAAGGCGUCGACUUUUAUUUCGAGGGCUACGGCGAGCACGGGAAUAGAGGGUUCGUCGACGUCGUUACACCGCUACGGCUCAUCACGAUUACUUUUCUCUGCAAUGCAGCGCUGGCGACUUCUGGGAGUAGUAGAGAUUGCCCCGACCUGACCGCCUCGCAGGACGAGGUGGGCGCCGGGAAAGAGAACCAGGGUGUAUUAAACGAAGUGACGGCAGUUAUCACACUGCCCUGGUCGCGCAUUGCCGUGUGGCGGGUCGCCAGCUACCCCCCCGGUGCCGCCGCAGCCCCACGGAAGGCGACUACAGUAUGGGGUUCUCAAGCGUUACAUUGUUUGCUGUCAAAUGACUACUAGUCAUUGUUAUGCUGCAAGGUUAUUUGUUCCAUCAGUCUCGCUCUCGGUCUCCACAUAUUAAUCAAGCUACUUCGCGUGACAAGUUCUCGAUGCAUGCGCUUAAGACCAUAGAGAUCCGUUCCAAAUUUGUGAUCGAUGCAAGACGCGCAAUGUUGGCGGCCUUUCACUUUUAUUGCCAUUUUCAAGCCACAAAUAGAUUUCUCAUGUAUAGGGCUAUCUAUUAUGCAACGCUUGAGCAUUACUCCAUACUCAGCGUCCAGCCGGAAGAUGGCCGGCGGCGACGAGGACGACGAAGAGGAUGAUGCGUUGUGCCGCCAGGGCAAGAACCGGUCCUUUUUCACGCUCCGCACCACGAUUGGGUACGGCCCGCGAUGGAACUGGGCCGUCGGGCCGUGUGUCAAUCUGCUCAUUUGGCAGCAGCUUCUGGCGUCGCUGGUGUUAGCCGCCGACUUCACUAACUUCGUGCAAGAUGCCGACGCUGGAGUUCCUCCUCGCGCGUCGCGGGCAUUGCCCGUCCAGUUGGACGCUGACGGCGAGGAUGACGACGGCGCUGUGGAGGAGGACGAACAGGGCGUGGCCCUGGGAGCUUUGGCUCGGGACAACAGGGUGCUGCAACAAAUGGGCAUGUAUCAAAUGCGAAUAUGUCUGGGUCUAGAAACUUGUGAUGCUGGCUUGGGAAUGGUGGACACUACACUGCAAUACAACGCAGCCAAGCACGUUGACAAGUUCUUGAGCUGCUAUGUGUUGCGCUUGCCAUCGAUCUCGUUUGGUCUCGCGAAAGUUCCACCCCCCCCGAGUGGGAGUAGGGGGUUUUCAGGUGCGAGUUCUGCAUGGCAAACUGCGCUUUUGCAUGACAGGCAAGAAGCUCUCAUCCUGCUCAUGCAUCACAGAGUUAUAGGGGUCCGAGUCAUGAGAGACGAGCAUGACAAGCUUCCACUCUUCCAGACCCAGACAUAUUGGCAACGCAUAGCAUGGGCGUCACCAACAUGGUUUUGCAGAGGAAUUUAGCAAAAGCCGCGGCGGGAAAAAUAAGCGGAUGGAUCAAGGAAAUCGCGCAGCGUGCCCGAGGAGGGAAGAAGGGUCCCUCUGAUGUGACCAUCGAUCGGCAGGACGCGAGCGUGUAUCCUCCGCAACAAAAGUAUCGCACUCGUAUGUAAUCGCAAUCAUCCAGCAGGAAGAUGAUUAGACAAGUGUGGUUUUUCAAAAAGUCACUCACCAUUUUGUAAAGAGAUGCAUAGCGUGUAGUCCUAGUAUGUAGUAGGAGUGCGAUACUUGUUUCGUAAAAAUGCAUAGCGUGCCCGCGCUCACGAUUCGCGCCAGCACCACGAAAAGGGACCUGCUGCCGAAGGAGGUGGAGAAGAGGUUGCAAUUCCUGCACGACUAUCAACUGCAAAUAUGUCUGGGUCUGGAACAAAUCAAAUUCUCAUGCUAAACCUGAAUCAUGUACAAAUCUGUGUUGCAUGAUUACCAAAAGCUGUUCACUUUUGAGUUAAUCGAGAGACAGUUUCUCAUGCAGGAUAGGCAUGCCAUUGCCAUGUCUUACAUACCAGACCUCAUGGGUCAUGGAAAACCUGCGUGACAAGUCUGGCAUUCUUCCAGACCCAGACAUAUUUGCAUUUGAUAACGACGGCGACGAGGAGCACAAGCCGGGUAUUUUCGCGCGCGCGUACCGGUGGUUCUCGUUGAAGGCCACACGCAUCGUGUAUCAAAAUGAAAAAUCCCCCUCCCCACAUCAAAACGAAAUUUCUGAUGCUGGAUUUGCGUACACAAAUUUGCAGUAGUGGACUGCAGGCUCAUAUCAUGCCAAUUUAGAGUGAGAGGCUUUGGCCUAGGCGCUUAGCAUGAGGAACGUCGAUGCUGCAGGAGGCCCAACAGCAUUACAAACCGUCUGCAUAAUGGGGCGGAGGCUAUGGCGUUGCUCCUUUCUUGCAAGACAGAUACGGCGACUUGUGGUCACAAAUCAGCGUGAAAAACAGGCACAAAUCACCUCCAGGGCUACGCGCGAUCCCUCCGACGCUGCGUGUGGAAGGAGGAUGUUCGGCGUGUCGGGGGUGAGGGACCCCUGACGUCUGGUAGAUUAUGUGUGUACCCGGUUUUGGUGUCAGAUCUUGUUUUUCAUGCGACGACAAGAGGGCAAACUGUUACAUCCAAACAACUGAUGACGACAUUGGGUCUGUAUUUCGUGUGUGGUCAGACUUCACACAGUACGACGCUGAAGUAAUCGCUCUCGACCAGUUGCUGCAGCUGCUGCCGAGUCGGAUAACGGCGUGCCACAAAUUCAUCUACAUUUUCGUGGAUUCCGACGGCGUACUACAAACACUACAGAACGAGGGGAGCAGACUGGAAAGCAUGACAAAACUCCGCAACCUACUGAACAAGAUCCUGCUAUCCAGCCCGGACAUCAAGAUUGUACUACACUGGGUACCCUCGCACCGCAACUUCCGGCUGAACACCAUAGCGGACAAGCUGGACACUUUCGCGACGGAGACUGCUGAGCCGGACCAGGACCCUCUCACUAAGAGGAGGGUGAAGAUGAUAGUGCGCGACCAGAUCAGAAAGAGAAACGCAGCAGCAGCGGGCGAUGAAUCUCCGGAAGACGUCACCACCCUGCGAAGGGCGAGAAGAGUACAGAUACUGGGGCGGGUCCCGCUCGCGGGGCUCAAUCCGCAACAGCAACGUGGGGCCAUGAGCCUAUGGACGGGCGAAAGCUUCCUUCCUGCGGGGAUGGUUUCCAUCGACAGCAGGGGAUGGCCGGUCUGCCGAAAGUGUGGCACCGAGCUGCGCGUCACUAACGCCUCGACCGGGGUCUGGGUCCGGGGAAACGAAGCGGAAAAGGACGACCCAAGGAUUUUCACACGCCUCGUUGACCAUCUGCUCGUCGAGUGUCCAGCAGCCCCGGAUGCGAAAGAUCAUCACGGGAAGGAUGCAGUGCAGCUCAUCCGCAAGGAGUCGAAGAAGCAGCUCAACAGACUGCUAAUUGCGGCGAACAAGCAGCAGGACCUGCUCCGAGACGCACAAACGUGGCCCCGCAGGGCGAAAACAGACAAACCCAGCCGGGAAGAAGAGGAGGACAACAUUCCGGGCGAAUGGAUGGAGCAGGCCGCGGAGGCUGUGAAAAAGAGAAAGAUACAGCAAGAGCACCCAGGGACAUAGCCCAGCUGCUCUAGUCCUUCCCCUGGCGGUUUUCAGCUAAAGCAUUUUUCUUCGAAUGGCAAGAAGCAAGCUCUACAGCGCAAGCUCACUGACUAUUCUCGACCAUGCUCUUUCUUCUAUUGUAAGUUUCCCGAUUCAAGGAUCCGUAUCUGUUCAGAGGCAGUUCGUACUGUAAACGAGCUCAGACAGCAGUAACAACGUGCAAAAGUAAUCAAGAUCAAGAUUAAGUUUUCGAUUGAUCAUAACAGUUUUUGGCACGAGCUAAAAUUCCAUUUUUCUGGUACUUUUCCAGAACAAGCCUCCAGAUAGUCCUUCAGAUCAGAAUUAAGGACAGUAGCAUUUUUCUGGAUCAUUUAUAGGCGUUGUCGACUUGCCAGUAUCAAAGGUAAGGUCGAUGUUCCCCGACUGCAGCAGCAGCGUUUCCCAGUGAGGUAGUCGCGCAAGGUCGUGGCGAGAGAGAGCGCGAGCUCGACUCUUUUCAAGAAAAAAAAAAAAGGAAAAGAUCGCAAAAGAAAGUAAAGAAAACCCCAAAAGCGACACUAAGCAGCCUAGUCUCCGGGGUAAGAAGCGAAAAAAAAAAAAAAGGGAAGAGUGGAGACGUAGCUGCAGGUGGUUGGGCGACCUGGACAUAACUUCGGUUCCCCAGGAAGCCCAGCGGCGUCUGGUUUACCGGGCUGCGACAUCAAGUUGUAGCCUGUCUGGUUCCUUGGAACCUAAGGUCUUGUAUUUCUGCCCGACUUCGAGAGAUCUCACGCUGAGAUGCUCCCCGAAGGUUAGUCGGAGGCUGAUCAGGUGGCAAGUCGCCGCCCUGUUCUGUACGCCAUUGCUGAUGAGGUGGUUGCUUUGGCUGACUCCAAUUGCACGGCCGGUCACCGCUAAAACGGGUGGUGCCUCGCUCUGCAAGAUGCUUUAGAGUUACACUUUGAAGCAGACAUUUACUCGCAGUAAUCUUGACAGUGCCCAGACAGUUUCUCGCCCACCUAGAGGCGAACACACAUGUUGUUUUUCAUGCGACGCCAAUGCCCCCUUUGUGCCCUGGUGGCACGGAGGACGCGUUGCAUUUUCUGGGACCACGCAAAUUCUAGCCUGCGAGGGGGGGAAGCGAGCAAAAAAAAGUCUGGCCUGCGGAUAUCGGGAGGAAAACAGGCAGAAAUCAGCAUGGCAAAUUCUCUGAGGCGUGCUUUUUCAUCGAUAUGGGGAGGGGGAAUUUUUCCUUACGAUAUCGUGACGGGGGGGAGCAGCAGUGAUUUGUACUACGUGCCCGAGCCGAAGGAUCUUUACCACGCGGACCUGCCCGCCCUGGUCUCCGACCUGUUCUCGGGCGAGAAGAUCGAGCUGGCCCUGGAGUCGUACACGGUCACCGUGCUCUUCACCAGCUAUCGAAUCUUGUACUGGAAAUGGAACGAGAACGACGACAGCCACGAACUGCACGUCGUUUUGUACAAAAACGUCAUCCGGUGGAAGUUGACCACCCAAGCCCGGUUUUGGGACCGCAACGAGGAGCUGAAGAUUUUCCACGGCUACGGCAAUGAAAAAACCGAAGUGCUGGAGCUCACGUUCGACUCCACCCGCCGGGAGCCCAUCUUUGCGGCCGCGGCGCUCAUCAAGGGACACGUGCAAGAAUACCACGACAACGAAGUACGCAUGCACCACUUCUACGUGCAGAAUUGUGCCUGGGGAGGCUGUGCUGGCACCAACAACCCGGGGCAUCAACUGUGGAAAGUCAAUAAACCCGCCAACCAACGGGCGAGGACCGCCGAAGAGUUGCGAGAGCACCAGGAAGCGUCCGAGCGGGAAGCUUUUCACGCCGAGGAGGUCGCGAAUGCAGAGGGGACCGUGAGACACCCGGUCCGGAUUAGCGGGCCGCAAGCGGAAGAAAUGGAAGCGAAGUUCAGGGACGAGGAAAAAGAUCGAAGAAAGCGCGUGAGGCAGAGAGAAAGGGAAGAAAGAAGACGCGAUCGGGUAUUGUAAGGAAAAAUCCCCCCUCCCCAUAUCGAAAAGGCAUGUUUCCGAAAAUUUGCGUUGCUGAUUUGAGGUCACAAAUCACGUCUGUCUCGCAAGAAGACAAGGGCAAAAGCUUCGCCCCCAUUACAGAGGCGAUUUGUCAUGCUGUUGGGCCUAGUGGGGAGCCGUUUGCCAAGCUGAACAACUAGACCGAUACGGCCCUACAUAGCCUGGGGAUCUGGCCGCGAUGCCUUUCUGCAAUAGAAAGCCGAUUUGUGUACACAAAUCCCGCAUCACAGAUUUCCAUUUCGAUAUGGGGUGGGGGGAUUUUUCCUUUUGAUAUCGGGAGCAGCAAGCGGCCCGCAAGGCGAAGGACGACAAGAAGUUCGGCGGGAAGCUAUCCCUAGUAAAAACGUACCCACACCAGAGUUGUAAUGCAGAUUUGCAAAGACAGAAAGACUUGCAAUGCGCAUCCCCAUGAGAGCCAUUCCCAAUCGUGUUUUGGAUUUUGUGAUGCUGUGAACAGGAUGAGCAGAUGAAUCUGUGACGCGGCUGCACUUGCUAACCUGCACUACACUGCAGAGUGCAACUUGUCAUGCGUGACUCACAAAGCUCCUAGGUUUGUGUUGCAAAAUCCCCAUCCUGACGCUGGUGUGUGUACGUUUUUACUCAGGAUAGAAGCAAGAAAGGAAGUCGUACCAGGAACGGUGGAGGGCCUGGCGGAACAAGAAGGAAACAGAAGAAAGCAAGCGGGAGAAAGAGGAAAAGAAAAAGAAACAGGAAGAAAGUAAAUACGUUACGGUUAGUGGGGUAAGGGCCGAGAAACAAAAAACAACGUGGAGGGAAAAGGUUCAAGGUUGGUUCUCCCGUUGAGGACCGACCGCAUCAUAAGUUUCCGAUCCUGUGGUCCCCCCGGAGGUGAUGUUGAGUCUACUUCAAGAACCAUGUCCUCGACGUUUCUGUAAGCACUUGCUCUGCCGAUUCAUUCAUCCCGUUCCUUUAUCAUAUCUCAACGUUUCAUCUGUAAGCACUUGCUCUCUUCAUCGCCCUUGUAUGAGUACUACCCGGCUCGUCUCAUACUUUUGCGAAUGAUGUUAUAAUUCGAAAUCGAAAUGGAAGUGCACGUUAGUUCAUGUUAUUUGUUAUGUAUGACAGGCCCAAUGAAAAAAUGAGUCGGCUUCACUCUACUGACCUUUUUUUCUGGUUCUUCAGUUGCAGCUGCAACUCGCACGGCUAUGGUGCCGAAGUGUAAGAAAUACUUACUAUUUACAAAUUGAUCACAAAGAAAUGUAUAAAGUAUAGCGAGGACAGGACAACUGUAAGUAUAAUCUCGAGAAGUUUCACGCCUAUAAUAUGAACAUAGCCGCACGAUUUGGUAGUGCAGUUUUGUUGCCUAUGCUUAGACCCUGCAUCUAGGUGGACGAAGGUUGAUGGCAUGAAGUGACCCACGAACCUAUUUGAAUCUUAAAGCACGAUUUUCAUGUACGAAAAGGAUGCGGAAGAAUUAAAUGCAGACACUUCUUGGAGUACUCUGAGGACACAAGGACUCAUCGCUAUCAAAAUC